AAGCCGCUGAAUAGUAUUUAAGAAGGAAGAAGUAGCUCUUAUGUCAAAUCAAUUCUUCGUAUAGGUAUGAAAACGCGAUCCUAUACGGGACAUGGUUAAUAAACAGUCUGCAUCACAUUGCUAAACAAAUCAGAGGAGUCUGGCAGUAAUCAAGACAAUGCCUUUCAUGUACUCAGCUGUAUUAGCUAACAAACACCUGCAUUGGCGCACCCCCGUCUUUUGGUGAGUGAAUAUCGUAAAGUUAAUGGACAUUGUUGGAUGGCGUUUUCGAGUAGCUCACAAACACAGCAGCUGACCGUCUUCGAGUAGCUAUGAACCUUCAUGAAUAUAAAUAUUUGUGAAAUAAAGAUUAUUCAUCAACGUUGAAUACUUUCAAGAGGCAAAGUUUCGUUUUACCACGGAGGUAUUGGAAAGUAGAUAUUGGCAAGAGGACUCAUAAGGCAUAUUCUUGAAGAUUCCCACGAAGCAUUACCCGCAAGACGCCGCCAAUAAACUUUGGGUAGAGCAAUGGUUGCUGUGAACGAAAGGAACCGAAAUUUACGGACAUGUAUUGUUUAAGGAAACACAUUUUAACGCGUUGAAGAGUAAGGAAAUCGGUUUUGCCAUCUUUCAGUUCAAAUACUUGGCGUGUGAAUCUUACACAUAUCAAAGAACAAGAGGUGCGCAUACACCUCAGUGAACUGGUGGUCAAUGGAAAAUCUCAUUUCGCCUGGAAGAAAUAUAUCCUAAUAAAGUGAUUACGUUGAAGCUCGUUACUCAGAAAGGGUAGCUGCCAUUAUUGAAGAAUGAACAUGAAGAAUUAAGGACACAGAAUAGGAGUGAAUAUUAAUGAUGAAUAUGAUACUACAAGACCAAGAAAUAACAAAUGAAUGUUGUCAGUAAUGACCAGCUCUGUGGAGAAAUGCAUUCUACUUUAAUUGAGAGCUUUUUUGUGUAUCUGCUGGUGCGCUUCUCUGGAUGAUGGUUGUGCAGCUUCGACGAAGUUGAGAGUGGACAGAUAAUAAUGGCAGGACGGCUUCAUUACCACUGGCUUCCUUUUAUUAAAUAUUCUCUAGUUUUGCUUGUUUACAUCUUUGCAGGUGGUCUUCUCUUGUUUUAUUUGGAAGAAUGUCGCAACGAAGUAAUAAGAAUAUCGGAAGCAAAGCCUGUCUAUUUAGGAAAUGUGACAGAAGUUUGUGCCAAGCUGGCUGGAGAUAUGUUUAAGAAUCCUAACGUCACCAUUGUUUCUAGUUAUAUGAACAGAUCAGACUUAGAAAUAAUGGUUGGGCGUUGCACCAAGUUUCUGGAGAAUAGAGAAAUUACAACCCCAAGGGUACAAAAAGGGUGCUCGUGGAGUUGGAGUAGCAUUCGAAAAUGGAUCAAAUUUGUUCACAAUACGCUGGCAACGAUAGGAUAUCACGAAAUCAAGGUUCAGACAGAGCUGGGCAAAUCAUUUACAGUCUUCUAUUCGCUGAUAGGCGUGCCUUUGGCAAUUCUAUGUUAUAUUCACCUGGGUAGAAUCGUCCGAGUGACAAUACGACGAGCAAUACGUUCCACGGAGACGCACUUCUUCAAUCGAACCGAACCGAGAAACAUACGUCACAAAGUUGUGCUGUACACAUGUGUUCUUAUACUUAUUGUAAUAAUGUUAUCAGUUGGUGCUGUCCGACUUAAUACAAAACAGUGGACGUUUUUGGAGUGCCUUUACUUUUAUACUGGUGUGAUAAGCACAUCAGGCAACGAUGGUUCGAACAUAGAUACUAUAUUCUUCGAACAACACCUCGGCUUGUCAAUUUUACUAGACGUUCUUCAAGUCAUUGGGCUUGGCCUAGUCUCAUCACUGAUACAAGCUGGAGUUGGGUUUCAAAAAGCCAAGCACAAGCGUCGGAGGUUUCCAUUUCAUGAUGCAACCAAGCCAUCAGCCAAUGGAGCACAGAAAGAUGUUGUUAACGGUACAGUUGCAAUGGACUCUCUUGUAAUACUAGUCAGAAAUGAUGAAAUUGAAAGAUUUACGUAGAAAGAACUCAUAGUUGUAAAGGAAUUAUUAUAUUCAUUGAGGGGCAACAGGCAACACGAAUUGCAUUGAAGAAACGUUAUCACGUGGAUUGCUAUGGGAUGCUCACAAGACAUCUUCAAACUUUGAAGAUACACACAUAGACUCUUGAGGACAUUAAGACAAAGGAAUCCAAAGAAUCGUAGACUAUCAAAUUCUUCUUUGAUAUUAAAAGUAGGAAUUUCACAAAAAAUUGAAAUAUUAGUAACUGUGAAUUUAGAGAGAGCUUGUAGUUUAGUGACUAGAAAACUCUGGGAUAGCAAUCGGUGUAGAAGUUAACAGAGCAGCUAGUUACGAAAAUAUGGGUAAGAUUGUGAUGAUAAGGUAAUUAUGAUGCAAGUAAAUAAUUUGAAAUCUUGAUCAGUAAGGAUUAAACUUUCCUCUGCGGAAUGAAAAUAAGAUUUGGUUUUUGAUAGACAAAUAAAUAAAGUUUUUUUUCAAGUAGAAUUUAAUGAGUAGAAAAGUAGCUGCUUUAACGAUACAUUCAUUAGCUGCGUUCUCCUGUAGACACAUCCUAUUUCAAAACGAAGAAUCACCUUAAUUUGAAACCAAUAAAUGUUGACCAUUAUUGUUCUUUUUUAGUUGAAGCAAGGUAAUAAGAUUGAAAAACGAACUCCCUGGCUCAUAAUUCCAUUCACAAAUUUGAAAAGGCCGUAGUUUGAUGUUCCAUGAAUCUCGCAAAAGUUCAUAGAUGAAAGGUUAAAGUUCAAGUGGGUAGGUGAAAGGUUGAAGUUUGUACCUAGGUCAAAGGUUGAAGUCGACAGAACAUUGAGAGGCAUAAAAGCUCAAGCUCGUGGUAUUGAAAUAUUAAUAGUUGAAACUUACAUCAAAAAAACACUUUGCAAUAAUAUUUCCUAAAGACAGAAAAAAACUGAAUAUUCUAACUUCCAGUGACAAUUUAAAAAGAAAGGAAAUCUAAUUUGACAAAUGAUACCUAAUUAAAGCCAGUGACACAUCGCAAAGAACCAAUGAUGUCUCGGUUAUAAAGACUACUAUAAUACUUUGUCGAAGAGCUUUGGUUCAAUUUAUCCAGUAGAGUUUCUUAAUACCAUAAUUGGCAGAUCAUUGAGUUCUUAUACCUUUUUAUAAAUGGCAGUGAGAUGCUAUUAGAAAUUAAUUCUUAGUAAAAGUAAUAGACUAAUAGAUGAGUCAUAGAAAAGUGCCUUGCAGAAACCUGAUAGCUGUCUUAUGUUUAAGUCUAAAAGACAAAGUGGUCUUGUUCUGUGUAAGAUGAAGCUAAUUGUGCUUGUAUACGAAUCUGUAGUUUUCAUGUAGCCUAUUUGAUUAAAUUUUGUUCGAGUAAAUCGUAAAGAAACUACUUUUGCUGCUUUUACCUGCGAUAUUUUUGAGCAUCUUUAAACAAACGAUAUUUUUGAGAAUCCUACGAUAAUGUUUAGUGCUUUAUUGAAACGUUUGUAGUAUUUUCAAAGCAAUGACAAAUAUCGGAAUUUCGUCACAGUGACUUAUGAAAUGCUUCCCCGAUUGUUAAAUUUAUUCUGUUUCAUGUUUCAUCAAUUUAUUCAUUAUGUCAAAUUUAUUCCGAUUGUUAAAUUCAUUGGCAGCAGAUACUGCAGACAAACUACAAAACUGUACAAAAACCAUUUCAGCGAUUGGCUAAAAUAGAACUUUCAAUCAAUAACAGUCAAUCAUAUAAUGAGCUGUGAUGUGAGCCAAUCAGAUUCACAUGAAACCUUGAGAAUGCCCACAGUUGCAAUUUUCACCGUUUAAAAUACAAAAACAGGCAUCGAAGUGAACUUUCCAAUAAUAAAUUUAAAAACUUUUUGGAUAAAUGAUCUUAGGAUACACAAGUGACAACAACAACAACAACAAAAUUUCCAUCUAGUUACGAGUCCAGGGCAUUCGGUGAGAAAUUCACAUAAAAGGGGUUGAGUUAUCCAGUGUUAUUGGCAGCUAUCUCAAAGUGGCACAAACUGCAAACCAGUAUUCGAAAGCAUGUCUUCAACUUGAGGAAAUAUUUAGCAGAGUGAAAGGAGCAUUUGUUUCAGUACUUGAGAAUCCUGGCCAUCUGUCAGACAAUAAGAAUGUUAAAACAAAAAUAUCCUUGCGAGAAACCAGAAAAAAGACAAACAUCUGAAACCAUUAUAGCAAAAAUUCAAAAGUUUGUAUUUGCUUCUAACUAGCAUCUGAAGGUGGUUUUUAGGGCUGCGAGAAGCUAUGCUUAUCGAGCAGUGUCCUGGUUCUUCCUCUCAAUGUGACAACACCUUGUGAUUCCUACGCGUAAAAUUGCAGAGAGCUAGCGCAGAGAGUUAGCUCUGUAUGAACGUUACGUCAUGUCAGGGACUUGAAACCUAAACCCUUGGGUCUGUAGUCCAGACCCUAAUCACUGAGCUAUCCUUGCGCCUUCAUAUUCAUAAACUAAAUGACAAUGUUGAAAUUCAGCUCUGAAUUCAAACAUUUAGAAUUUAAGGGACAAUGUAAAGACACCAUAGUGAAGAAGAAAGAGAUAAAAAAUAUUUAGUAAAGAAAUUUUGAUAGCCAUACGAUAUGUAAGCAAUAUAAAAAACCAGAAACAUGUUUCUCUUCAGGGUGAGGGAAGAGUAAAUCCGUUGAACAUAACGUUUGUUGAUACAUCCUUGUUCAAAGUUGUCUUGGGAAGGGUUCUCAUUAAGUCUGAACAGAAUUUCUGGUUUCUCAACUAUGAAAUAAAAGUUUCGGACACAAAGUCUUGAAAAUUGCACGAUUCUUUCGAAAAGUAAUGAAAAAUGAUUUCUGUUAUAGCACGAUAAAGAUAAACAGAACUCUUGUUUCGAAGAAAUUCUUAACAGUCACCAGUUGGGCCAUGGCCUUGUUGUCUAGAACUUUUCAAAGAAACU